AUGGAUCAGUUGCCUGAUCACAUCCUCCAGACUGUCUUGUUCUAUCUCGACCAGCAGUCCCUCUGCAACUUGGCCCUCGUCAGCAAAAGACUUCUCUUGCAAGUCAAGAUCAGAUUGUACUCCAAGGUCCUUCUCUCAGACACAGUGCUGCUCGAGCCCAUCAGAAACACCAGGCUUCCCAGCUUCGUCAGAUACUUGUACUGCUUGGACUACUACAGCCACCAGAGGAGGAAGCCCACCAGAGCCCUCCAGUCCCCAGCAGCCUCCACACACUUUGCUAAUGACUGGUCCUCCAUAAAUUCUGCCAAUGGCUGGUCCACUCUCAAGGUCAGAGCCAACUCCAACAGAGACACCAUCACCACUCUUUUGAUCAGAAAAUGGGUUGCUUUUCUUCACAGUAUCCAGCUGGGAAAUGGUGUCUUUCUACGACAGAUUGUUGUCACUGGCUCUCCCUUUUUUUUAUUUCCUUUUUUUCAAUCUUUGUCGCAAUCUGAUUCUUCUAUCUUGGUCCUAUUACAAAACUUAUCAUCCUGCAAAAAUAUCCACAGCUUCAAAAACUUUCUAGUCUGCAAUUCCCCCCAGGACUUUACCAAAAAAUACAAUGAUAUCUACUUCAACAAGUUUAAAAAAAAUAACCAUGCCACUCUAAACAAUAUCCUAUCUUACUCCUUCUCAAAAUUAUCAAAUCCUACAAAAAACUUAUCCUCACUACACACAAUUCAACUAAAAUCAAAGACUCCUCUUAAAUUGAAAUACAGUGCUUUAAAAAUUCUUAAAAGAAUUCAACAUUUGGAAAUCUAUACUACUCAUGACGCCUUAAAUGGUUUGAAUUUUCUCGGUAAUUUGUUAAAAUUUAAAAAUAUCAAUAAAAAUAUCAAUAAUACUAAUAAUACUAAUAAUACUAAUAAUACUAAUAAUUCAAAUCAAAAAAUGCACCUUAAAACUUUUCUCUUAACUCAUCUACACUCAAAAAAUUUUGUACGCUCACAUCAAAAUAACAACUUGGACACUUUCUCACUAAACUUUAAUCUAAUCAACGACUUAAUCGACCUAAACUCUCUACAAAAUCUAGAAUUAAGAAUCGAUUGCAUAGUACCAUACUGUUAUUGUCUUUUAAAUUUUUUUAUAAAAUUGGCUCCGAAAUUACUCUCCUUGAAAAAAUUGGUAAUUUAUAAACUAUCCUCUUUAACUUCAAUCAACACAUAUCUCUCGGGUCAAACUUUAAUCUAUAAUCCACAACUAGUUCACAAUAAAAGAAUAAAUCCCCUAUGGGAAAAAUACCUAAGAGUGUUUUUCUUAAAUCAAAUCCCUUCAAAAAAUUUAGAAUACUUUUUCAUUUUUUUAAACCCUUCUCUAGAGUCCUCCCAAAAUAAUAUGCUUCAACUUUCAACUGACUCCCUAAACAAUUCCUCAAUUGACUCAACUCUGGAAGACUUGGAAAACUACCUAGACAUUUCUGACACACCUCCAACUGACCAAUUAAACCAUGGCGAUCCAACAAUACUAAACUUCACUGAAAUCAACCCAGAUGACCAAAACUUUCAUACAAUGAUUUCAAACGAUCUAGUACAUUCAAAACUAAAUUUCACCGCCUUUAAAUUCAUCUUUAACAAUUGGAUUCUAAAUCAAAAAAAUCUAAAAUACCUAAUCAUCCCAGAUUUCAUUCAAUUGUACUUUCCUCAACUAACAAAUACCUCCUUCAACAACCUCAUCUUUAAAAAAUGCAAUUGUCUCCAUUGCAAACUAUCCUUCCACAAACUAAAUACGUUUAAAUCCUUACAAUUCUUCGAUACAAAUCCCUUUUUCUUCAAAUGUUCAAUUGCUUUUCCCUUCUUAAGUCAAGCUGAAUCUUUAAAUCCACUAUCCUAUUACAUCUAUUCCGUAGUAUUCGAUUACCUACUAUCAAGAUCUCAGAUAAAAUUUAACUCAACUUCUCUAAACGAUUUAAGCUUUUUUGAUAUAAUCUUUGAAGAAAAAAAUCCCUCUUUCCACAAUAUCCCAAAAUUAAAUCCUUCAUCUGCUGCUUCAAUUAGAAAUAUACUAUAUAAAAACACAGAUUUACUUGCUGGCUCUUUUCUAGAGUUUUUAAAUUAUCCUCCAAAGUUUUAUUUAACCACUCUUCAUGAACUUUUAUCUCACCAUAAUAGACUUUUCUUUUUUUCUCAAUCCCAAUCUCAAUCUCAAUCUCAAAAAAUUUGUGAAUGUAACGGCCAUGAAUUGGAUUUAAUUAUAACAGCUAUUAUACACACAAUGUAUCCCUUAAUUGAAGAGAUUGUUCAAAAUUUACCAAAACUAGAUAUUUUGGUCUUAAACAAUAUCUACUUUAAAAUUCUUGUGGAUACUAAUGGAAAAAGAUUUGCUGAACCAAUUUAUGAUUUAUACUAUGAAUUUUAA